GACUGACUUGGUGCAGAUGCAAAAGCCUCAGCCAGUGAAUCCUGAGUUCACUUUAUGGUGCUUCUCUGGACUCCUAGACGUGCUGAACAACUACAGAGGGAGCCAUCGAAGCAGACAAACUUCAAAACCAGUAUUCUUCUGAAAAACCUGGUGUCCACGGCCAGAAAAGCCACUCUGCGGCAACUCCUGAGCUCUGAGGAAAAGGUGAGGAUGCACAAGGAGACGAAGCAGACCCUCCCUAGCUCUCAGGAGCACGGCGAUCACAGGCACUGCCCCACAGAAGGGGCUGCUGAGCAACACGGACGCCAAGAUGAAACCAGGGCUUUUUAUGAGACGCUGCAACUGGUUCUCCAUGAAGAAGACAAAAAAAACUUAGAGAGUCUUAUUAAGGAAGGAUCAAAGAUGUCUGAGCAACUGGAGAAACGUCAAGCUGAAAUGAUCAAAAAGAAGAUGAGCUUAAGAGCAAUGUAUGAUGAGCUCAUGGACAUGUGUCUGAAACCAGACGUAGAGAUGCUCAAGGAAGUAGGAGACAAACUGAGAAGGAUGUUCAUGAAGAGUGUUCAGCUGAAUCGUGACGGCACCAGAAAGAUGAAUUGCAUCUCCCUCCUUACAGGAGUGAGCAGGAGCAGCUGCAAUGCCUCGGCCUCUGCAGCCAGAGCUCCCCGCACGGCCCAUCAGCGGACUGAUGAACAGGCUCCGCCGCUUCCGAGAGAGGGUCAUCGUCACACUCUCUGGACCACUGCCCCAGUGACUGGUCAGUACAUAGAGAACCCCCUGGGCAGGGUUGGUGUGUUCCUUGAUGCUGACGGAGGAAGCGUAAGCUUUGUGGAUGUUGCGAAGUGUUCUCUCAUUAAGCAUUCUCUCGUGAAGGUACAAAAUAAAUCCAUAGACAGAAAGCAGAGGGCUGGAACUCUGCAGAGCCAGGCUGGGGCAAUGAGAGUGUCCUUCCUAGCAAGUUCAGCCCAGCCUCAGGGAUUCCUAGGAGAGCAGAGGCAGGCCAGGGACAUGAGGCCGGCAGCAAUUUCAAGGCCUUACCAGUACUGCCGAAAGUUAGCUUUGGUUGUGAACUCCGAGCCGUGA